GAGUUUCAGGUGAUGAUAAUCGAAGGAGGAUAAAGGAAAAGCGACUGAAAAAAUAGCAGUUCCCUAAGUUGCCAUCUUUUACCCACAAUGGUUAUCAUUAUUUCAAAUGACUAUUAUUAUUGUUUGGAGAAAAAAUUUGUGGAAAAUGUGAUGCUGAUGCUAAUGAUAACAAUACGAAUUUAACUGCAAGGUUAGUCGUAUUUGCCGUUUAAUUGGAUCGACAGUGGAAAGGUAUGCAAUUUGUAUUAUGAUAAUGUUGAGAACGAGAAGGAAAUAUCUUAAAUGAUGCUGUAAAUUUGAAGGGAGACUUAACCACUUAGAAUGAUGUCACGAGCAAUCCUAAGGAGUAAAAAACAAGAUGAUGAUAGUUUUGUGAAGAUUGAGAGAGAGAGAGAGAGCCUAAGGAAUGAGAGACAGAAAAGUGAGCUAAAAGAGUGGGGUGGUGAAAGGCAAGGGAGAUAGAGAGUAAGAGAGAAAGAGGAAUGAAGAUGAUGAGGUCCAAAGUAGGAGCCACUGACAAGCUUUUAACUCUCAUCUCGACCAGUUUGCAAAUCGUUGAAACAAGAGAAAGUACAACUUUAGUUGGAAUCAAUAUCAAUAUAACAUCAAAAAUAAAUAAACACUAAACAUCAUCUUUACUCCUUAAUCAUCAUCAUCAUUUCAUCACAUCCUCUCUCAUCUUCAUCAUCGUCAUCAUCAAUAUCAUCUUCAUUGGACAGUAAAAUUAAACAUGAUAACCAUAAUUAAUGGUGAAAGAAUUAGACAAACGUUGUUACCAUCAUCAUCUUCAUUUACUUUUGUUGUAAACUUUACUCUAUCAAGUCUAAUUUUCUUUAUCAUAAUGAAUAAUCAAAAGAUCAUCUUGGUCUCAUGUUUCAAAAAUUUAAGUUUUAUCCAAGGUUCACCGAUAAAGUGUUCAAACGAAGGCCAAACAGUUAAAGUUCCGUUCUUAUCCAAAGACCCUUGUAUUACGUGUAAAUGUACAAAUGGUGAAAUUGCUUGUCAACGCGAUUCUUGUUUUGGCUUUAAAGGUGGAGGAAUAGCAAGUCUCAGCGGUGGAAGUGGAUGUGGAAGAGGCACAAGUUGCGGUUCCAAUAGACGCUUAAUUGGUAACAAUUAUGUUUCCAAUAACGCCAAUAACAAUAUUCUUAAUGGAGUUGGUGUUUGUAAAAUUGAAAAUAGUCCAUCUAAAUUGUACACAUUUGAUGGACUUGCUUAUAAAUAUAUUGGCCAGUACAAUUAUGUGUUAUCAAGAGAUUGCUCAAAGAAAAUAUUCUCAAUUCAUUUGGUCAAUACGGAUCCAAAUGGUGGUCAAGUUUCUCCAUCUUUACCAUCACCUGGAGCUUUAUCUGCACCAUCUUUACCAUCUCCAUCACCGUUAUCAUCAGCACCUUCAUCUAGUUAUUGGCCAGGAAACUCAAUACGAGACAUUCAUCCAUUGAUGAAUACCAUUAACCAUGAUCAACUAAACUAUUCAUUAAUAACAAACAAUCUUCAAACUCAUCAUUCCUCUUCUCAAUUACAACCUAACUUUAACACAUUAGUUGUUAAAAUUAAAGGAAUUAAAGUGCGAAUUAGUAAAACUGAUGUUAAAAUUGGACGCAAAUUAGUUACCUUACCUUAUAUUAAACUUGGUGUUUUAUCUGUGAUACGUGAUGGACGUAAAAUAAUAGUUCGUUCAAAUAUUGGAAUCCGUGUGAUAUGGGAUAGACAAAACUCAACUCAAGUAUUCAUUCCUCGUAGUUUUAAGAACAAGGUUUGCGGACUUUGUGGUAAUUUUAAUGGCAGUCCAAAAGAUGAUUUUAUGUCUAAACGUGGUUUAAAGGCCAGUGAUUCUGUAUCGUUUUUUAAUUCAUGGAAAGUAGGAGGACAUCGAAGUUUAAAAGAUGUAAUUGUGCUCAAAUUAUAUCAAUACACAAAAUUGAGAACCAAGAAAAAGAAAAGUUUAAACAUAUUUAGAUCGUAAAAAUCUGUAAACAUUUAAGUUAGUCCAACUGUUAGCAAUUUUAUGUUCCAAUUUUUCCUGUAAUAAGUCUUUAUAAUUAUAAAGACACACCCAAUAUUGUAAAUUUUUAUACAUAUGUGUACAAUUAUAUUUUUGUUUAUAAAAAUUAUUUAUAAAAAAUAUAAAAAUUA